AUGGCAGCAAAUGCUCCCCCCGCGAUCCCAGCUAACGCUCCCCCCGUGAUCCCAGCUAAUGCUCCACCCGCAAUGCCACCCAGGGUACAGCAACCGGCCCAGAACAAUGACGAUCGGAUAAGUGUAUCCUCAUCCACCUCAGAUCCAAGAUCCCGGAUGCAGCUAUCUACCAAUCACAGGGAGCCACAACCCAAACAACAACGCCACCAUUCGCUCCAACGGGGUGAUGCGUCUCUACGAAGAGCUCAUCUCUUUAAUGAAGGGGAAGACGAGAUAAAUAGUAGAGUAUCUCGCCAAAACCAGUUCCCCAGAUUGAACAAUCCAAUUGACGGAAGAGCGUCAGUCCCAACAAGGCGCAGUCCUUUCACCCUAAACAUCCUCAACGAGGUAUUGCCUCAAGGAGUGAAAGUAUCGGGCUUACCUCAGUUCGAAGGAACUACCGACCCGCAGGAACACAUAGAGAAGUUCCACGCUAUGGCAGACCUAUAUGGCCCGACAGAUGCAGCAAUGUGCAAGAUGUUUCGCACCACUCUAUCCAAGAGAGCCAUGAAUUGGUUCAACGCUCUGCCCACAGGAUCAAUUGACACUUUCGCUCAGUUGUCAUUGCGUUUCACCAACCAAUUCGCCAUCAAUAAGCAAUAUGCUAAAACUCCAGCACAUCUCUUCUCUAUCGUACAGAGAGACAAUGAAACACUCCGCAACUACAUCAGGCGUUUUGUGGAGGCUGUUCAUGAAGUUCCCAGUGUAGGACAAGAUAUGCUCUCAGGGAUUAUGCAGCAAAACCUGAAGUCGGGUAGGUUCAAAGAAUCUAUCGCAGGAAGACCUCCUGGCAACUUAGAUGAGCUGUUAAAUCGAGCUGAAAAAUACAUACGCAUAGAGGAAGCUUCUGCCAAUGCUCCUCCCAAGAGGAAGAGAGAAGAUGAACGCCCGGAUAUUAGGAGACGAGAUGAUCGACGUCCUCCACCCCCGCCUCAAGGCCAAUCAUCUUCAACUUAUAAUCGAUUCACUCCACUCAAUACUCGUCUCACUGAAAUACUUCAUGUGAUUGAACAAAAAGGUCUGGCAGAGCCUCCACGCCCAAUGCAACCCAAUGCAAAACGAGAAAAAUCGGAUCGCUAUUGUCGAUUCCACAAAGAUAAAGGGCAUACUACCGAGGAAUGUGCGCAACUCAAAUUGGCGAUUGAGAGGUUGAUCAAGCAAGGCCACUUGAGCGAAUACAUUGAUAAGCCUCGAAAUAAGCGCCGCGAUGAUCUUCCACGCCGAGAUAACAAUAGAGAUCAACAGCAACGACGAGAGGAGGGGGGUCAUCGGCGCGACCCAGAUAACAAUGAUAACCAACCCACCCGAGGAAUCAUCUCUUUUAUCUCCGGAGGACCGGCAGGUGGCGACUCACAAAAUGCGAGACGCACCCUCGCUCGAUCAGCACGUAUGAAUCAAGAACAUGCUUCUCCAUCCGCAUCCGUCUAUCAAAUACGAAAACCUGAUCAUUGCAUAGUCUUCAACUCCUCGGACCUUGAACGUCCAGAUGAAGAUCAUGUCGAUGCGUUAGUGAUAACAGCAACGGUGGCCAAUUUCAUAGUUAAAAAGAUAUUAGUGGACGGUGGGAGCUCAGCCGACAUUAUGUAUCUCCACACAUUCAAGCAGCUAAGCAUAGACAACGCACGGUUCAGUCCCAUCACUACACCACUGAAAGGAUUCACGGGAGAAGGUGUUUUAUCCAUGGGGGAAAUAGAGUUACCCAUCUCCUUAGGGGAAGAUCCUUGUCGAGUGACGAAAAUGAUAAAAUUCCUUAUCGUCGACAAACCAUCCCCUUAUAACAUCAUCGUGGGAAGGCCCGCGAUCCAUACAUUCAAGUCUGUGCCUUCAUCUUACCACCAAAAGUGGAAAUUCCCCACUCCUUACGGGAUGGGAGAGGUACUUGGAGAUAGGCGUCUCGCUCGAGAAUGUUAUGCAAGAGCUCUACGUGAACCAUCUAAGAGACCUAUUCCUCUAGGGAAAGGAGACGACACCCCGAGACAAGAUAAGCCAAAAUGGGUCAACGCAGUCAUCGAAGCUGAUAAAGAAAUCCUAAUCAGUGUACCCGACGACACCGCCAAGCUAGCCGCGGUUGAAGAGCUCAAAUCAGUAGAACUCAUACCCGGAGAUAAUUCUAAGCUUCUCCGCAUUGGCUCUGAUCAAGAUCUAACGGGAAUUCCUCCGAAAGUAGCAUUGCAUCGACUAAACGUUGACAAAAGAUUGAAACCGGUCAAGCAACGUAAAAGGACUUUCGGUCCUGAGCGCAACAAACAUAUCAAAGAGGAAGUGGCAAAACUCUUAGAUGCAGGCCACAUUAGAUCGGUUCAGUAUCCCGAGUGGUUAUCCAAUGUGGUAUUAGUACCUAAACCCGGAGGCAAGUGGAGGCUAUGUGUAGACUUCACCGACCUCAACAAGGCAUGCCCGAAGGAUCCAUUUCCCUUACCAAGGAUCGACCAGCUCAUAGACUCAACCUCAGGGUGCGAACUUCUCAGCUUCCUGGAUGCAUAUCAAGGAUACAACCAAAUAUUGCUCGCCCCAGAAGAUCAAGAGAGAGCUAGUUUCAUUACUGACCAAGGCAUCUAUUGCUAUCGAGUUAUGCCGUUCGGUCUCAAGAAUGCAGGAGCUACUUACCAACGCCUGGUGAACACGAUGUUCGCGGACUUGAUUGGUAAGAACAUGGAAGUGUACAUUGAUGACAUGCUUGUCAAGAGUAUUAAAGUCGCGGAUCACCUAACCGAUUUAAGUCAAUGCUUCUCCAUCUUACGUAAAUACAAGAUGAAGCUCAAUCCCCUAAAAUGUUCUUUUGGAGUUCGAGGCGGAAAAUUCUUAGGAUAUAUGAUAUCACAACGGGGAAUUGAAGCCAACCCAGCAAAGAUUGAAGCUAUCACCUCCAUGGCCCCUCCCACAUCGAUUAAGAAGGUCCAACAACUUAAUGGUUGUUUGGCAGCCCUAAACCGAUUUAUAUCCCGAUCGGCUGAUAAGGGUCUUCCUUUCUUCAAGAUACUAAGAGGUGGGAAAAAGUUUGAGUGGAAUGAAGACUGUCAAAGAGCUUUCACAGAAUUGAAAGCAUAUCUCACUUCCCCACCUCUACUAACGAAGCCCCAGCCGGGAGAUACUCUUUUCCUAUACUUGGCCAUUUCUGCUGAUGCCAUUAGCGCAGUGCUCAUUCGGGAUGGUGAAAAAGGUCACCAACCGAUAUAUUACAUAAGCCGAGCUCUCCAAGGCCCAGAGCACCGUUACACCAAUAUGGAGAAACUUGCUCUCGCGCUCAUCAAUGCAGCCAGAAAGUUACGUCCGUACUUCCAGUCGCACCAGGUGAUAGUUCUCACCAACUAUCCCCUUAAACAAAUAUUGAGAAGUCCCGAGACUUCCGGACGAUUAGCUAAAUGGGCUAUAGAGCUAAGUGAAUAUGGGGUUGAGUUCAAACCACGCCCAGCCAUCAAAGCUCAAAUCCUAGCAGACUUUGUAGUAGAGAUGACUACAUCGGAAGAGAGCACAUCCAUACCCACUUGGGCCAUCAAUGUUGAUGGAUCAUCUACCGCUACAGGAGGAGGCGCGGGUAUUGUACUAACAAGCCCAGAUGGCGAUGAAUUCGAGUAUGCUAAACGGUGUGAUUUCAAAGCCUCUAAUAACGAAGCCGAAUAUGAAGCUUUGAUCGCUGGUAUCCGCCUCGCUUUAGCAGCUGGAGCUCGCAAACUCAUAGUACACAGCGACUCCCAGUUGGUGGUCAACCAAGUCCUUGGGAACUAUGAAGCCAAAGAAGAAUCCAUGGCAAAGUACCUUGCUCUUGCACUUACCCUCCUCUCAAAAUUGGAUAGCUACGAGAUAAAGCAAGUACCACGAGCCAACAAUAUUGAUGCAGACAAGUUGGCUAGACUUGGUAGUUCCAUGGCAAGCAUUGGAAGCCGGAAAAUCACCCUCCUCACGGCUUCCCAACCAGAAAUAGUCUCCACCGACGGAGUGAAUUGCGCUGAAGAGAGCGAACCCUGUUGGAUCACCCCCAUUACAAACUAUCUCAAAAGCGGGGAACUUCCGACUGACAUCGCCCAAGCGAAGAAAAUAAAGGUAAGGGCGGCCCGUUUCCUAAUGAUAGGUGAAGAUCUCUACAAGCGAGGGUUCUCCUCCCCCUAUCUUAAAUGCCUUAACCCAUCAGCAGCAGACUAUGUGCUUCGAGAAGUACAUGAAGGCAUUUGUGGUAAUCAUUUAAGUGGAAGAAACUUAGCUCUCAAAAUAUUGAGACAAGGUUACUAUUGGCCCACCAUGCAUGAAGAUGCGAAAAAACUAGUGCAGAGAUGCAAGCCUUGCCAAGAACACGCUAACAUCCUUCAUCUCCCCGCAGCAUUGAUGCAACCGAUUGACAGUCCCAUACCUUUCGCUCAAUGGGGAGUUGACUUGGUCGGUCCUUUUCCACCAGCAACAGGAGGACGCAAGUUCCUCAUUGUAGCUGUAGAUUACUUCACCAAGUGGGUAGAAGCAGAACCUUUAGCUCGCAUUCGAGAAGAAGACGUCAUCCAAUUCCUUUGGAAAAACAUUGUGUGCCGCUUCGGCAUUCCCCGUUCCAUUAUUUCGGACAAUGGAACACAAUUUUGUGGAGACAAAGUCAAGAGUUGGUGCCUUGGCUUAUCUAUUAAGCAAUUCUUCACUUCGGUGGCAAACCCCCAAGCAAAUGGUCAAACUGAAGUAACCAAUCGCACGAUACUUCAACAUCUCAAGACAAGACUUGGAAGUGCCAAGGGAAAGUGGGUUGAAGAAUUACCCAAUGCUCUGUGGGCAUAUCGAACAACCCCACGAACAGCAACAGGAGAAUCUCCAUUUAACCUAGCUUUUGGAACAGAGGCUGUAGCACCCGUAGAGAUUGGCGAACCCUCUUGGAGAGUCAUCAAUUAUUCACCAGAGGAGAAUGAAGGAGCAAUGAGGGCUAACCUCGAUCUCGUCGACGAGCUAAGAGAGAUUGCAUCCAUCAGACAGCAAAUGUACAAGAGUCGCAUGGAGAUUUAG